GUGUGUGCGCGAGAGUGUGUGUGUGCGGGUGUAGUCUGUUGUCUGACUUAAGUGAGAGACUUUGUAAUGGCCUCUCUUUGAGUUCAACAGCCAAGACAAUUAUUUUGGCAAGACAGCAUUCUGGAGCUUUAGGACACUUAGCUGCAUAACAACAUGGGCAGCAAAUACCACUGGCAGAGUCAAAAUGUCAAGCAGAGCGGGGUGGACGACAUGGUGCUCCUGUCUAAGAUCACAGAGGACGCCAUCGUGGAGAACCUCAAGAAGAGAUACAUGGACGACUACAUUUUUACAUACAUCGGCUCUGUCCUGAUAUCGGUGAACCCCUUUAAGCAGAUGCCCUACUUCACCGACCGCGAGAUUGAACUUUACCAGGGAGCGGCUCAGUAUGAGAAUCCUCCCCAUAUCUACGCUCUGACUGACAACAUGUACAGGAACAUGAUGAUCGACUCCGAAAACCAGUGUGUCAUUAUCAGUGGGGAGAGUGGAGCUGGAAAAACGGUGGCGGCCAAAUACAUCAUGGGAUACAUCUCCAAGGUGUCAGGAGGAGGCUCGAAAGUCCAGCAUGUAAAAGACAUUAUCCUGCAGUCCAAUCCCCUCUUGGAGGCGUUUGGCAAUGCCAAGACAGUGCGGAACAACAACUCCAGUCGCUUUGGCAAGUACUUUGAGAUCCAGUUCAGCAGAGGGGGGGAGCCCGACGGCGGGAAGAUCUCCAACUUCCUCUUGGAGAAAUCGCGAGUGGUGAGCCAGAACGAGAACGAGAGGAACUUCCACAUCUUUUACCAGAUGCUGGAGGGGGCCUCAGCUCAGCAGAGGGAGACGCUGGGCAUCAUGACUCCUGACUACUACAGCUACCUGAACCAAUCCGGCACAUACAAGGUGGACGGCACCAACGACGCCAAAGACUUCCAGGAGACCAUGGAAGCUAUGGGUGUGAUCGGGAUCGUGGGGGAGGACCAGAUGUGUGUGUUGCAGAUCAGUGCUGGGAUCCUGCACCUGGGAAACGUCUCAUUUAUAGAGCAGGGCAACUACGCACAAGUGGAGAGCACGGACCUGUUGGAGUUCCCUGCCUACCUGCUGGGCAUCGACUCGGCUCGGCUGCAGGAGAAGCUGACGAGCCGCAAGAUGGACUCCAAGUGGGGUGGCAAGUCGGAGUCCAUCAACGUCACGCUCAACCAGGAGCAGGCCAACUACACCCGGGACGCGCUGGCCAAGGCCUUGUACACACGCGUAUUCGACUUCCUAGUGGAGGCCAUUAAUAAGGCCAUGCAGAAGCCCCAUGAGGAGUUCAGCAUUGGAGUGCUCGACAUCUACGGCUUCGAGAUAUUCCAGAAAAAUGGGUUUGAGCAGUUCUGCAUUAAUUUUGUGAAUGAAAAGCUUCAGCAGAUCUUCAUCGAGCUCACACUAAAAGCUGAGCAGGAGGAGUAUGUUCAGGAGGGGAUCAAAUGGACACCCAUUGAAUAUUUCAACAACAAGGUGGUGUGUGAACUUAUAGAGAACAAGGUGAAUCCUCCGGGCAUCAUGAGCGUUCUAGAUGACGUGUGUGCCACCAUGCACGCCAAAGGGGAUGGGGCUGACCAAACACUGCUGCAGAAGCUGUCUGCUGCUGUGGGAACGCAUGAGCACUUCAACAACUGGAACUCGGGCUUUGUCAUCCAUCACUACGCCGGCAAGGUGUCGUAUGAUAUAAAUGGCUUCUGUGAGCGGAACCGUGACGUGCUCUUCCCGGACCUCAUAGAGCUCAUGCAGAGCAGCACACAAUACUUUAUCUGUGGCCUCUUUCCUGAAAACCUCAACACAGACAAGAAGGGUAGGCCCAGCACCGCCAGCAACAAGAUUAAGAAACAGGCUAAUGACCUGGUGAACACGCUGAUGAAGUGUACUCCCCAUUACAUCAGAUGCAUCAAACCCAACGAGACAAAGAGGCCCAAAGACUGGGAGGAGAGCCGGGCAAAGCAUCAAGUGGAGUACCUGGGCCUGAGGGAGAAUAUCCGGGUGAGGAGAGCAGGCUUCGCAUACCGCAGAGUCUUCAACAAGUUCCUACAGAGGUACGCCAUCCUAACAGCGGAGACGUGGCCAGGUUGGCGCGGUCGUGAGCAGGACGGGGUUCUGCACCUGCUCCGUUCUGUCAACAUGGAUACCGACCAGUACCAAAUGGGCCGCACCAAAGUCUUUGUCAAGAACCCCGAAUCGCUGUUUCUUCUGGAGGAGAUGCGUGAGAGGAAGUUCGACUCGUUUGCCCGUACCAUCCAGAAGGCCUAUAGGCGCUACAUCGCACGCAGGAAGUACGAGCAGAUGAGAGAGGAAGCCUCUGAUAUCCUCUACAAUUCUAAGGAGCGCCGCAGGAACAGCAUCAACCGUAACUUCGUGGGCGACUACCUCGGCAUGGAGGACAGGCCGGAGCUGAGACAGUUCCUGGCCAAGAGAGAGCGCGUCGACUUUGCCGACUCUGUCAACAAAUUUGAUCGGCGCUUCAAGUCAAUCAAGCGGGACCUCAUCCUGACACCAAAGGGAAUCUAUCUGAUUGGCCGAGAGAAAGUGAAAAAGGGGCCGGAGAAGGGACAGAUCAAGGAAGUGCUGAAACGCAAGCUGGAGCUGAACAGCAUACGAGCCAUCUCACUCAGCACGAGGCAGGAUGACUUCUUCAUCAUUCAUGAGACGCAGUACGACAGCCUGCUGGAGUCCACCUUCAAGACCGAGUUCCUGAGUCUGCUGUGCAAACGCUACGAGGAGACGCAGAGGAGCAAGCUCUCCCUCUCCUUCAACGACAGGUUGGACUUCAAGGUGAAGAAGGAGGGCUGGGGGGGAGGUGGUACGCGUGCCCUCGUGUUCCAGCGUGGCCAGGGGGACCUGGCACUAGUCAAACCUGGAGGAAAGACCCUCACCAUCACUAUUGGGGACGGACUACCCAAAACAUCUAAGCCCACCAGGAAAGGAUUUGCACAAAGCCAUGGGCAGAGUAGACCACCACCGAGUAGAGGUCAUCAGAACGGCGCUGCCCAGUUCUCCCGUGGUAGCCUGCCCCCCGCCCCCCGAGAGCAGACCUACUCCACCCCCCAGCAGCAGCAGCAGCAGCAGCAGCAGGGCCCCUGCACCGCCGCCCUCCCCAAGAUGAACUCCCAGAGGGGCCGCGGCCGAGGGGGCGGGGGCCGGGGUGGGGGCCCCCCUCAGCAGCAGCGGCAGAGCAACCUGGACUUCCUCGGCGUACCUGACCAGGGGGUUUCUGGCAUGCAGAGGAAGAGGAGCAUUAGUCACCAGCGUGCCGCCCCCCCGGCCCCCGCCAGCCGCCCCAAGGCCCAGGCCCCGCCCCCAGGCCCCCGCUGCAGGGCGCUCUACCAGUACGUCGGCCAGGACACAGAUGAGAUCAGCUUCAACGUCGGAGACAUCUUUGACCUCGUUAGUGAAGAUGCGUCGGGGUGGUGGACUGGCCGGUUCCGUGGCAAACAGGGCCUCUUCCCUGGAAACUACGUGGAGAAGAUCUGAGGACCGCCAUCCCCCCGUACCAGGCUCCUGCACCCAGAGAACAGGAGAAGAAUCACUGCACACUGGUGGACUUCAUUUUGUUUUUUGUUGUUGUUGUUUUUUAUUUCUAUGAACAACACGUUUUGCUUGCGCUCCGUCAGGCGAACCUGAUGAAACACAAGCAAAACGUGUUGUUGACUGAAAUAAAAUAAUAAUAAAAAAAACAGAAGAACAUAACUUGGCUAGCAGAAUGAAGUCCAGUGUGUGGUGAAUUCUUAUCUCCUGUUCUCUGGAUUAAUGAGUGCGUAUACAUGCAGCUCAGUAUCCCGAAUAUGACCAUAACUGGGAUAUGCCUCAUAUUCGGGAUACUGAACUGCAUAUAAACGCACUCACUGAUGACUGCACUUCACCAGCACCUGGACGCUGGCUGCCCACAGGAGUGUCAUAUUGCUUUGAAUGCUCCCCUCCUGCACCCACCUCCCAACAGCACUUUACACAAGUCUUCAGAAGAGGUGCUGACCGCUCUCCUUCUCUCUCCGCCCCAACCUGCAUGGAGCAGAGGACUUGACACAGUGCCUCACGAGGAUUAUGACAGUGAACAAACAAAAACAAACGUGCAGUAUGUUCUUUACAGACAAAAACAUUUUCUUGACAAAACCCACACUCAGCGUUUACACACUGGACUGCAGAAACUUGUUCAGAAACAAGUGGAUGAACUUGUUUUUUAUUUUAACUUAGGGUUUCAUGGAGGCCUGCCACUGACUAGAAACCUACUUACCACAAGGGGGCAGUGCUGAGAUAUUGUUUUUCAAAAACUUUUUUAUAUUUCCAUAGAGGUACCUGUAUGUAUAUUUCUCUGGUUAUGCGAUUAAUUGGAAUUCUGAAGAGCGAGUCACGAAUGCUCUAAAUCUGCUGUUUCAGUUAUGAAGCAAGAAAUUUCUCUUUUUCAUUAACUUUAAAAAAAAAUAAUAAUGAUAAGAAUCACACCCACAUGAACGUGACAGUUAACACAUUUUUUCUGACUCACACGGUCUUAACCACUUAAAGUCUUACUUUUUCUGAGCUUUCCAGAUUUUGUUAAGUGCCUCUACUCUGUCUUUUCUAUUGUUUGAUUUGAAACUAGCACUCAAACAUACUUGCAUUACCAUGAUUUGUAUUAAGUCUUACUGGGUAGUGACUGUCUCCCCACAGCCCUAGGCCAAGUCAGAUUGAAACAGCCCUAAAGAACAUAAGAAAUUAAAAAAGUGUUUACUAUAAGUUGACUCUCAAAAGGUGUGUGUGUGUGUGUGUGUGUGUGUGUGUGUGUAUGUGCGUGUGUAUAUGUACGUGUGUGUAUGUGCGUGCGUGCAUCCGUAUGUGAGUGCGCGUGUCUGUGUGUGUGUGUGUGUGUGUGUGUGUGUGUGUGUGUGACAGAGAGAGCAAGAGAGAGAGAGAGAGAGAGAGAGAAUUGCUUCUGGUCACGAUAGUCCUGGCACUUGGAUUGGUUUCUAUCAUUUCACCACCAUGUCAACAAUAAGGGCAAAGCAAAGAGUUUCACUGACCUCGAAUUUGCAACAGAUGUACUUCAGACAUGCUCUCAGAUGUUUUGGGGCAUUUCUCCCUCGCGGAGAGGGCAAACUUGUCUGACUUGUAUAGCCAGAGGGGACAGCAAGUGAGCCUGACAGAUACCCUUUACUGGUGCGUGUGUGUGGGCCGGGGCCGGUGUGUGUGUGUGUAUCUGUGCAGUGCCGCUGACAGCUUUUCCAGGGCCCAGGACGAACUCUUCUGAACGGGCCCCUUACCCAAUACAUACACUGUAAUGGGGACCCAAUUCUCUGGGCCCCCUGUGUUCCUGAGCCCAGGACAACACACCCCUUUGUCCCUCCUUGUCGGACAGCGUGUGUGUGUGCGUGCGUGCGUGCGUGCGGCGGUUGGGGGUGUGUUGGGGGGUUGUGAUAAGACCUUACAAGAAUAUUCUGCAUACCGUCUGCCUUCUGAGUGACAGGUUAUAGCUAAAUAGGCCUACACCUGCAUGCUUUGCCUUUGACACCUGAG